UGGCAGCAGCAGCAGCACAGGCUCGGGCUGCGCUCUAUCAGAGCAGACACUGGUCGACGAGCUGUAACGCUAUGUGGCGCUGAAUCGGCUCACAAGGAGCAGGAGCAACUCUUCAUGGAAAUGCGGACAUCUUCGAAAGCGACUUGUUUCCUAAAGGCGGACCGGGGUAUUUUCCCAGCGUAAAGGAGAAAAGAUUCGUCAUGACCAUUUUUUGGCUGACUGGUUACUUCUUCGCUGAGGUUCAUAGGUCCUGUUUUGUUUCCGGACUUUCCAAAGCAGGGAUGAGAUAAUUAAUGGUCUACAACCUCACCUGUGGCACCUGUAAAACCCACCUUCGCAUACAAGUUCUUUUUUGUACUUCAGCUGUCAAACUAUGACUACACCGGCUCUAUUGCCCCUGUCGGGCCGCAGGAUACCCACUUUGUCACCAGGUGCCUCCUCUUUCCCACACCACAGAGCGACGUUGAGGCUGUCAGAGAAGUUCAUUCUCCUCCUUAUCCUGAGUGCCUUCAUCACUUUAUGCUUUGGAGCCUUCUUUUUCCUCCCAGACAAUUCCAAGCACAAGCGCUUUGACCUUGGCUUGGAGGAUGUGCUCAUCCCACACAUUGACUCGCCAAAAGAGGGGAAGCACAGUUCAGGACAGGUGAUCAUACAUGGACAAGGAGGACAUGAUGAGAACAGACACAGGGAGGAAGAGGAAAGCCUACGUGACAAGAUUCGAGCAGACCACGAGCGAGCCCUGCAGGAGGCAAAGGAGAAACUGCGGAAGUCUCGUGAGGAGCUGCAGGCUGAGAUUCAGACGGAGAAGACUAAAGUGAUGGAGGACUUAAAGAAGCAAGAUAUGGGGCCUAAACCCUUACCACCUGUUCCCAUGCCCAAGGUGGUGGGUGUCAGUGAUGGGGAGCCACCAGAGCUCGAUGUUAAAGAGAAACGGGACAAGAUCAGAGAGAUGAUGAAACACGCAUGGGACAGCUACAGACAAUACGGCUGGGGUCACAACGAGCUGAAGCCCCUCGCUAAAAAAGGACAUUCCACAAAUAUCUUUGGUAAAUCACACCUCUCUUGGAGGAUUGGGGGAUAGCUUUUAUGAGUACCUGCUAAAGGCAUGGCUCAUGUCUGACAAGACGGACUCAGAAGCUCGGAAGACCUAUGAUGAUGCCAUCGAGGCCAUCGAGCGCCACCUUAUACGAAAAUCCAACGGUGGUCUGACUUUUAUCGGUGAGUGGAAGAAUGGCCAUCUGGAAAGGAAGAUGGGCCACCUAGCCUGCUUUGCCGGUGGCAUGUUUGCUCUGGGUGCUGACGGCUCACCGGAUGACAAGGCCGGACACUACCUGCAGCUCGGAGCUGAGAUCGCUCACACCUGCCAUGAGUCCUACGACAGGACAGUGCUGAAGCUCGGCCCAGAGGCCUUUAAGUUUGACAGCGGUCUGGAGGCGGUGGCUGUCCGGCAGAAUGAGAAGUACUACAUCCUGCGGCCGGAGGUCAUCGAGACAUACUGGUACAUGUGGAGGUUCACACACGACCCCAAGUACAGGCAAUGGGGAUGGGAGGCAGCACAGGCCAUUGAUAAAUACUGCCGAGUGAGUGGAGGCUUCUCAGGAGUCAAAGACGUCUACUCAUCCAGUCCAACCUAUGAUGACGUGCAGCAGAGCUUCUUCCUGGCUGAGACGCUCAAGUAUCUGUACUUGCUAUUCUCCAACGAUGACCUGAUGCCAUUGGAGAGCUGGGUUUUCAACACAGAGGCUCACCCACUUCCUGUCCUCCACCUGGGCAACAUCACCCUGCCCGGCAGCGAGCCUGCUCAGCGGUAGACACACAUCCCCCUCUUCUCCUUCUCCACAGCACCAGGGGGCGCCACUGUACUGUCUGCCUGCCUAAAACAAAUGCACCCACCAUCACCAGACAAACUUCCAUUCAGCUUCUUCAUGUGGACAGUCAUGGACAGGAGGAGAUAGAGAUGGUGUUGGCAGACCCACAGGGACUGGAGAGGACUGACUCUGCCUUCCCCAUCUUCUGCUGUGAUGAGCUUUCUGACUCUCCUUGAUCUGUCUUCAGAAGGAUGGUGGGUGUGCUGCUCAGCCUCCGUUUGGCUUUAACAACAGAGCUGCAAAGCAGAGGCUUAAUUUAGUUGUUUAGUUUUUUUUCUGUUUGACCAAACGUUGCUCUCACACACACUCCAGCUGAGCCUCUGAGUGGACAUCAGGACUCAGACUCUGAGCACAUGGAAAGCUUUCGUUGUUGUUCUCCAGACAAACUUUUGAACUUCACAGGGUCUCUUCACGUCUUUUUUGUUUUUGGACAAACUCUUUACGGAGACACGAGGUUGAAUCACAACCCUCCGCUUCUCCCCCCGACCCACUUUGCCCACCUUCUGUUUCAUCAGACGGAGCGGGACCUAUAGCUGUUAGCAGAACUUGGUGGUCACAGCAGAACCCACCUCUGUCUUGUCACAACAGCGGACCAUGAGAAGUAGAGCAGCCUUCCCAACACACCCUCUUGAUGUGUUCCAGUUUCUCCUCAUUCUGCUGCUACUUGGUCAGAUGCUGCUUUUCUACGUCAUUUCACUCCAGCUUCUCUCAGAGCUCUUAACGUCCGCCUGAUUAAAUCAGGUGGUACCUGGUCUCAUAUCAUGCUCAUGUGUUUGUGUGGUGGUUCUUUGUUUGUGCACUUUGUACGGAGAAGACUGAGGCAGAAAAUGGUGGAGGUGUAGCACUGAAACAUGUCAAUAAAUGAUUUG